UGAACUCGAUUAUAGACUUGGUGCUAACUGACCACCCAGAGUGUUACAAGAAACCUAUUCUUUUGCCACCAGUCGGAGAGAGUCGUCAUCAUUGUGUUCUAGUGCUGCCAAAGACUGCCACAGAAAAUGAUGGUGUCCAAAUGGAUCCUGCUAGCUCAGUGUUCAACUUGCCAAGUGUUCCGGGGCAAGCACCAUACCCUCAGGCACCAUACCCAGGGGGAGCCACAGGGUACAACAUUGCUCCAGGUGGACCCCAGAACUUCCCUCCAGGUGGACCCCCCCCCUGAUCCCGGAGCUGACCCUCUCCCUCCCAAGAUCAACAACAUGGAUAACGUUAGUGGGGCUGGAACCGGAACCGGAACUGGCAAGUGGGAUGAACUGCUGGGGCUAGACAACUCACCCCCUCCUCCCUACUCCUCCUUCAUGCCUUCUGGGCACACGGGAGACUUCGGGCCCCCUCCCAAUGCGCCACCUCCUAGUUUACCUGGGGAUGGCCAGCCUGUGCGAAGGGAAUUCCCUCCAGAUGUGUCACCAGGUGCUACCAACCUGAAGGAUGGUGAUAAGCCCAAGCCAAGUCCACGCUCUAAGUUUGGUGAAGGUACAAAUGCGGACUUCAACCUCCCAGACUUGCCCACCAUACCUGAUCUACCUAGUGUUCCAGGCUCAAAUACUGUCCAGAAUCCCAACGAAACAACAGAAGAUAUUGAUUUCGAUGACUUAACGAAGAGAUUCGAAGAGCUGAAGAAAAAGAAAUAAAGUGUUGUUCGCCUCUACAAAGCAGUAUGAUUAUGUUGAUAAUUUUUUCUUAAUCUUGAACAAGGUCACUAGACUACUAGGAAUGGACAGUUGUCAUUUAAUGUGCUGUGGCCGUCAUAAAAUAUUUGAUUAAGAAAGGGCUGAACUAUUCAUACUGCACAUAUACUUUUUUUUUUUCCUUUUUUUUUUUUUUCUUUUUUUUCCUUAGCUACUGAUAAGUUUUUUAUUAUGCUUCAUUAAUCUUAAGUAAAAUCAGGACA